AAAUUAAUAAUUAUUCGUCGCCCACUUGGUCCCAUUUCUCAAUCCUUCAUCUAUAUCUAUCUCCACAUUUCAUUGCAUUGAUUCUCUUACAAGCACUUUCUCCCUCAAUCUUUAUCUCUCCUCCAUGUCUAAAAUGUUUAGCAGAAUUGCCAUGACCAACUCUAUUGUUCUUCUUCUGUUUUCCUUAACUUUCUUAGAACAUGGAUUGUUGUUUCAGAGGGUCUCCUCUCUUGGCAUCAACUAUGGUCAAGUCGGCGACAACCUUCCUCCACCGGACAAAGUUUUACAACUUUUGAGUUCACUCCAUAUCAAUAAGACAAGAAUCUACGACACAAACCCUCGAGUCUUAACCUCAUUUGCCAAUUCCAACAUCGAGCUGUUCGUCACCGUGGAAAAUGAAAUGCUUCCCAGCUUAGUAGACCCUCAACAAGCUCUCCAAUGGGUCAAUACCCGUAUCAAACCCUACUUUCCGGCCACCAAGAUCGGGGGUAUCGCCGUCGGCAACGAACUAUACACCGACGAUGACUCAAGCCUUAUAGGGUAUCUUGUGCCUGCAAUGAUGAGCAUUCAUGGUGCUUUGGUCCAAACCGGACUAGACAAGUACAUUCAAGUAUCAACUCCGAAUUCACUAUCGGUUCUUCAAGAAUCUUACCCUCCCUCUGCCGGAUGUUUUAGGCCGGAGGUAGCUGGCGUAAUGACGCAGCUCCUAGGUUUCUUGCGUAACACGAAAUCCCCCUUCUGGAUCAACGCUUACCCUUACUUCGCUUACAAGGAUUCCCCAACAAAGAUCCCAUUAGACUACGUCCUCUUCAACCCUAACCCUGGAAUGGUUGACCCCUACACCAAGUACCACUAUGACAACAUGCUCUACGCUCAAGUAGACGCUGUGAUCUUCGCCAUGGCGAGGCUUGGCUUCAAAGACAUCGAAGUUGGGGUCUCAGAGACUGGAUGGCCGUCUAAAGGCGAUGGAGAUGAGGUUGGAGCUACUGUGGCCAACGCAGCGGUUUAUAACAAAAAUCUUCUAAGGAGACAACUUCAAAAUGAAGGAACGCCAUUGAGACCAAACUUGAGUUUUGAUGUUUAUCUCUUUGCUCUUUUCAAUGAAGACCUUAAACCAGGACCAACCUCUGAGAGGAACUAUGGAUUAUAUCAGCCUGAUGAGACCAUGGCUUACAAUGUAGGUUUAUUAUCAUCGUCAUCAUCAACAACAACAUCAACAUCUACCUCUUCAACCUCUAUUAUUUCCCUCACUUCCUCUGCCUCCACGGCUAUAAAGAAGGGAAAGCAACAAUUGAUGUAUUGGACAUGCGUUUAUUUGUUGGCCAUUCACAUGCUAAUUAGAAGACCGUACUAGAAGCAAAAACAAAUUGAGAGAGCUUUUACGUGUAAAUAGAGAGAGUCCACUAAUGCGGUUCAUUUUUUCAACGAGAAGAAUUAAACUAUUCUCAAAAGUAUCUCAGAUGAUUCUUUGAAGGGGAAAAAAGAAACAAACAGAAAAUUUGUUCCGAGUAAUUAAUUAAUUAACAUCAGAAGGGGGAUGCAGUACUGCAAGCGAAUCCUUAUGUAUAUAAAAACUGACGAUUCAUAUUAGAA